GCGCCUCUGAAGAAAGCGCGUGCACGCGUGUGGACACAUUCACGCGCAGGCUACAGCUGCACAGAGAGCAUCCUUGCACCGAGGGAGUCCGGAACAAGUCUCUGCGCGUGUUUCUUCACCGCACACUGUCCCGGAGGACGGACACAGAAUGGUCCCGGGUCCCGCCGAGUCCUGUGGAUUCUGAGGCCCGUACGCAGACCCUCCUCGCGCCGGAAGACCCCCGUCUCCGUCACCGUGUUCACUGAGGCGGAAUGUCAAGUAGUCCCGAAGAAAGUCGCUCGAGGGGCGGCGGCUCCGACCGCGACUCCAAGAAGGCCUCCUCGAGCAACUCGUCCCUGGAUGGUGGACCUCCACCGCCGCACCACAACCGCAUACGGCAGUCUGACAGCAGCACCAGUUUUCUUCGAGCUGCUCGAGCGGGAAACACUGACAAAGUGCUGGAAUUCCUCAAAAAUGGAGUUGACAUCAGCACCUGUAACCAGAAUGGUCUCAAUGCCUUACACCUGGCAGCUAAGGAGGGGCACAAAGAUUUAGUGGAGGAACUGCUGCAGAGAGGAGCACAUGUUGAUUCAUCCACCAAGAAAGGGAACACCGCUCUCCACAUUGCCUCAUUGGCUGGACAAAAAGAAGUAGUCAGACUCCUGGUGAACCGAGGGGCAAAUAUCAACGCUCAGUCCCAGAAUGGGUUCACUCCACUCUACAUGGCAGCCCAGGAAAAUCAUUUGGAGGUGGUCCGAUACCUGUUGGAAAACGAUGGAAACCAAAGCAUUGCAACAGAAGACGGCUUCACUCCUCUUGCCAUUGCCCUCCAGCAGGGCCAUAACUCUGUCGUCUCCCUGCUUUUGGAGCACGACACCAAGGGGAAGGUUCGCCUGCCGGCCCUGCACAUAGCGGCCCGUAAAGACGACACCAAGUCUGCUGCUCUCCUACUCCAGAAUGACCACAAUGCUGAUGUCCAGUCUAAGAGUGGUUUCACGCCCCUACACAUCGCUGCUCACUACGGUAACGUGAACGUCUCCACCCUGUUGCUGAACAGAGGAGCUGCUGUUGACUUCACGGCCCGGAAUGGGAUAACGCCUCUUCACGUGGCCUCCAAGAGAGGCAACACCAACAUGGUGGCUCUGCUGUUGGACCGAGGGGCUCAAAUCGAUGCUAAAACAAGGGAUGGUCUGACGCCGCUGCACUGUGCAGCCAGGAGUGGACAUGACACGGCAGUGGAGAUUCUUCUGGAAAGAGGAGCCCCUAUUUUAGCUAGAACAAAGAAUGGACUGUCCCCAUUGCACAUGUCGGCUCAAGGAGACCACGUCGAGUGCGUUAAACUCCUGCUGCAACACACGGCGCCUGUUGAUGAUGUCACACUCGACUACCUCACAGCGCUGCACGUUGCAGCUCACUGCGGCCACUACAGAGUCACCAAGCUCCUCCUGGACAAAAAGGCUAAUCCCAACGUCAGAGCACUGAAUGGAUUUACUCCUCUUCACAUCGCUUGUAAGAAGAACAGAGUGAAGGUGAUGGAACUGCUAAUUAAAUACGGUGCCUCCAUCCAAGCAAUCACUGAGUCUGGUUUGACUCCAAUCCACGUAGCAGCUUUCAUGGGUCACCUCAACAUCGUUCUUCUCCUGCUACAGAACGGAGCCUCUCCAGAUGUUCGCAACAUUCGUGGCGAGACCGCUCUCCACAUGGCAGCUCGGGCAGGUCAGAUGGAAGUGGUUCGUUGUUUGUUGAGAAAUGGAGCGUUGGUGGAUGCCGUGGCCAGGGAGGAUCAGACUCCCCUCCACAUUGCAUCCCGUUUGGGUAAAACUGACAUUGUCCAGCUGCUGCUGCAGCACAUGGCCCACCCAGAUGCUGCCACCACCAACGGCUACACUCCUCUUCACAUCUCAGCCAGAGAAGGUCAAGUAGAAACUGCUGCAGUUCUUCUUGAAGCUGGAGCCUCUCAUUCACGAGCCACUAAGAAAGGAUUCACACCUCUACAUGUAGCAGCCAAAUACGGAAGUCUUGAUGUAGCUAAACUUCUCCUUCAACGCAAAGCUGUUCCUGAUGAAGCUGGCAAGAAUGGCUUAACUCCACUACAUGUAGCAGCUCAUUACGACAAUCAGGAGGUGGCUCUGCUGCUGCUGGAUAAAGGAGCUUCACCUCAUGUCACUGCUAAGAACGGCUACACUCCUCUCCACAUUGCAGCAAAAAAGAACCAGACAAACAUUGCCUUAGCGCUGCUGCAGUACGGAGCUGAGACCAACGUUCUGACCAAGCAGGGGGUCAGCCCCCUGCACCUGGCAGCCCAGGAAGGACACGCUGAGAUGGUCAGCUUGCUGCUGCGCAAAGGAGCCCACAUCAACUCAGCCACCAAGAGCGGACUGACUCCUUUACAUCUCACAGCUCAAGAAGACAGGGUGAACGCAGCAGAAGUCUUGACCAAGCAUGAUGCUAACUUGGACCAGCAAACUAAACUUGGAUACACUCCUCUAAUUGUGGCGUGUCACUAUGGAAAUGCCAAGAUGGUUAGCUUCCUGCUGCAACAAGGGGCCAAUGUCAAUGCUAAAACCAAGAAUGGUUACACUCCACUGCAUCAGGCAGCGCAACAAGGAAAUACGCACAUAGUCAGUGUUUUGCUGCAGAACGGGGCCAAGCCUAACACUACCACAAUGAAUGGGAACACCGCUCUGUCAAUCGCCAAACGGCUGGGCUACAUCUCGGUGGUGGACACACUGAAAGUCGUCACUGAAGAGGUCAUCACCACCACCACGACGGUGACGGAGAAACACAAACUCAACGUUCCAGAGACCAUGACUGAGAUUCUUGAUGUGUCUGAUGAAGAAGGUGAGGACACCAUGACAGGUGAUGGAGGAGAGUACCUGAGAGCGGAGGACCUCCGAGAGCUGGGAGACGACUCUCUGCCGGGACAUUACCUGGACGGCUUCAGCUUCAUGAGCCACAACCUGGACAGUCUAAACAUGUGGUUUUCUAACAGGCCCCAGCAAACGCCUGUUCACCAAAGUUUUCACCAGAGAGACGGGGUUCUCAUUGAAGACAUACUGACCAGCCACCAGGUGUCAGCAUUGUCUCGAGAGCACGACAAGGAGAAUUUCCGGCUGAGCUGGGGUGCUGAACAUCUUGAUAAUGUUGUGCUGUCCUCUACUCUGCUGCACUCUGGCCGUUCCUCUCCAUGCCUAGAUCAGGACAACAGCAGCUUCCUGGUCAGCUUCAUGGUGGACGCCAGAGGCGGAGCGAUGCGCGGUUGUCGUCACAACGGCCUGAGGAUCAUUGUACCCCCAAGGAAGUGCUCUGCACCCACACGGGUCACCUGCAGGCUGGUGAAGAGACACCGUUUGGCCUCGAUGCCACCCAUGGUGGAGGGGGAGGGGCUUGCUGGUCGCAUCAUAGAAGUGGGGCCCACAGGAGCUCAGUUCUUGGGUAAGCUGCACCUUCCAACAGCUCCCCCUCCCCUGAAUGAGGGCGAGAGCCUGGUCAGUCGCAUCCUGCAGCUGGGUCCUCCAGGAACAAAGUUCCUCGGACCCGUGAUUGUGGAGAUUCCCCACUUUGCGGCUCUGCGGGGCACAGAAAGAGAGCUUGUUAUCUUACGAAGUGAAACCGGAGAGAGCUGGAAGGAACAUCAUUGUGACUUCACUGAGGAGGAGCUGAACCAGAUACUCAAUGGCAUGGAUGAAAAACUCGAUUCACCUGAAGAGCUUGAGAAGAAAAGAAUCUGUCGCAUCAUCACCAGAGAAUUCCCCCAAUAUUUUGCUGUGGUCUCGAGGAUAAAGCAGGAUAGUCAUCUGAUUGGUCCAGAGGGCGGUGUCCUCAGCAGUAUUCUUGUGCCCCAGGUCCAAGCCGUCUUCCCUGAAGGUGCACUUACCAAGAAGAUCCGAGUUGGGCUACAGGCUCAGCCCACCGAUGUUGAUUUGGUGAGGAAGGUUCUUGGUAACAAAGCCAUUUUUAGCCCGAUCGUCACUUUAGAGCCGAGAAGGAGGAAGUUUCAUAAACCAAUCACCAUGACAAUCCCAAUUCCCAAGACCUCCAACACUGACGAGCCCAGCGCCGUGUUCAGUGGAGAGACCCCCACUUUACGGCUGCUUUGCAGUAUUACUGGUGGAACCACUCCUGCCCAAUGGGAGGACAUCACUGGUUCCACACCUCUCACUUUUGUGAACCAAUGUGUUUCCUUCACCACAAACGUGUCAGCAAGGUUCUGGCUGAUAGACUGCAGACAGGUCCAGGAGUCGGUUAAUUUUGCUUCUCAGCUGUACAGAGAAAUCAUCUGUGUCCCAUACAUGGCUAAGUUUGUCAUUUUCGCCAAGACGCUGGACCCCAUUGAGGCCCGGCUGCGCUGCUUCUGCAUGACAGAUGACAAGAUGGACAAAACAUUGGAGCAGCAGGAGAACUUCACGGAAGUUGCCCGCAGCAGAGACAUUGAGGUCCUGGAGGGAAAGCCCAUAUAUGCAGACUGCUUUGGAAACCUGGUACCUCUUACCAAGAGUGGACAGCACCACGUGUUCAGUUUCUUUGCCUUCAAAGAGAACAGACUGGCUCUCUUUAUUAAAAUCAGAGAUACGGCACAGGAGCCAUGCGGCCGCUUGUCUUUCACUAAGGAACCGCGCACGUAUCGAAGUCUCAAUCACAACGCAAUCUGCAACCUUAACAUCACUCUGCCAGCGUACUCAAAGGAGUCUGACUCGGACCAAGAAGGAGACGACGAGAGUGAAAGGACUGACAAGAAAUCUGACUGGCAGGAUGAUGCUGACAGAAAAGAGGAGACAUUAGCAAUCAUUGCUGAUCUUCUUGGCUUCAGCUGGACUGAACUGGCUCGAGAACUGGAGUUUGGUGAAGAUGAUAUUCAACAAGUGAGAACAGAAAAUCCUAAUUCUCUACAAGAACAGAGCCAUGCUCUGCUACAACGCUGGGUCGAAAGGGAAGGCAAACAUGCCACAGAGGACUGUCUGAUUAAGAGGCUAACCAAGAUAAACCGCAUGGAUAUAGUCCAUCUUAUUGAAACUCAGAUGAACAAGUCCAUUCAAGAACAAACAUCUCGGACGUAUGCAGAGAUAGAAAAGACGCUGGAUCACAGCGAAGUCUCAGUAGCCCUUUCUUCAGUGCAGGAGGAUACAGACAGCCCAAGAAAUGUGAAGAGGGUUGAGUCUGACCGCAGACCACCUCCAGCUGUUUCUGAAGAAGACCUCUCAGUUGCUUCCCUACUGGAUAUUCCUUCAUGGGCAGAGCCUGCAGGACAAAUCCACUCAGAGAGCAUGCAUGGAGACCUGUUGGAGGAGCUUGAGAUCCCACAUGAACUGAACCCCAACUUGUGGACCUCUGAAGAUGUACAAACACAAGAACCUGCAAACCACAACAUCUCAGAUGAGCAAAUGUCAUCUGCAUCAUCCAAGACAAAUUUUUCACAAUCAUCACAACAGAAAAAUGUUUAUUUAGGACAAAGCCAGAGCUAUCAAAGUGAGACGCCCGUCUUGGCACAAGAUUCAGACAAACUUUCCUCUGCAAAACUAGAAUUAACUAUUCCAGCUACCUUGGAUUUAAUUAACACACAAUAUGAUUUCUCCUUGCUAAGUCAAAAGACCUCACCACAGGCAAUAGAUGAAACAUUUCCAUUACCCGAACAAACUGAGACAUCUGGAAUGGCUGAAUACCAAGCCAUGACCCCGGAAUUCCAAGAAAGCUCAAAUGUGCUCUCCAGAAAAUCUUCAAACUCCACUCUAACACCACCGGGGUCUGGCUCUCCUGAGCUUGACCAGCUUUUGACAGAUCUGAAGGAGAUGAAACUCAAAUUUAGACCAGAGACACUUGACUCACCUUUGUCAGAACCCUCCAGUGACAGCCCUGAAGACGAAACAGCUUACAUGUAUGAAGAACUUUCUCCUGAAGAUCAAUCCCCAACAGAAAACAGUGAGACUUGGGUCAGCUUGUCAUGUGCUGCUAAAAUGAACACAAACGAUGCAGGCACUCCUGAUGUAAGAAGGGCAUCAAAGUCAAACCUUGAUAGCCAUAAAGGUAGUUAUGUAUGCAUCAUGAGCCCUACUGAAUCUUUUUCUGCUCCUAAACCUUCUCAGAAUCUUGAUGAAGAAAUAGAACCAUCACAAAACUCUGGCAUGUUCCAGUCAUACACAGAGGCUGAGACUGAGGCUGAAACAUUUUCUUUAGACUAUGACACACCUGAAUCAAAGCAGACAGCUCUUUGUGGGGAAGAUUUGACAAGCAGCACUCAUAAAAACCCAGAGGAACCAUGUUUACCCCCACAACCUGAUGACUCAAUGGAUCUGACUGAAGAAACAUCUACGGAGAGCAACCAAGAUAAGCUUUUAUUUGACAAAACCUUUAAUGAAACAAUUUCCUCUCCAUCUGUGUCUAUUUUGACUCCUGAGAGAGUUGCAUCUGCAAGACAUCUCAGCUUUAAAAAGUUGAUACCGUACAGCUCCUCUCAAAGCUUUGAGAUACCUUCAGACAAAGACAGGUCAGGGAUCUGCAAACAGCAUUCUGAAGACAAUCUGAUUCCAGUUGACCACCAGUGUUCUGCCUCUCAUUUGCCUUCAUUCCAAUUGAAAACUGAUUUGACGUCAUCAACAUCUGAUGAGGAGUACAAUAUACCACUUGGACGUGCAGAGACCUCUGAUUCAGAUGCCCACAAACCUCCAGGGUCCACAAAUGCAAGAUAUAGUGGAGCAUACAGUCCAAGUUUUGAAUAUUCUGACCCAGAGCCUUACUUUGACUGCAAACAAGGCGUGUCCGACUUCUCAGAGCCAGAGCUUAAUGGAACUGAGACAACCACUGGUUCAAGUGGAGGUCAGGCCAGGGAUCAGCUCAGUCACCUCGGAACAAAGAAAAAGCCUACUCCGAAAGUCCUUUUUUCUUCUGGAAGUGAGGAUUACGAAGAUGCUCCUUUACUUCUUGACUCUCAUUGUCUUGUACGCGAAGACAGUCAAGAAUCACAACGUUAUUCGGAGACAUCAGAAGAAGAAUUCACCAUGUGUAAAGAGUCACAACUUCCUGGAACAUAUGAUACUGUUAAAUCUUUGAGGAGGGAUGUCGCUGCAGAGCUUGGAUCAGUGUCAGAAAGUUCAGAUGAUGAGUUUUUGACCACCAGAGUAAUACGAAGAAGAAUUUUUAUUAAGGCUGAUGAAAUGUCUGACCUCCCCAAUCAGUCAGUGACCGAGGAGAGAUACGAGGAUGAAAAUGGACACAUAGUCGUCAAAAAGGUUACGCGAAAAGUUAUUCGCAAGUGUGUUUCAGCGGGUGGUGUGCAGCGUGACGAGAUGUUGGCAGAAGGAGGUCCUCAGGAGUCCUUCGGUGCAGCAGACGAAGGCAGUUACUCCAAGGUGUUGAAACGGACCGUAGUAAAGAGUGAGGGAGACCACACAGAGGUAACGUUUGUUAAACUUAAGGGUUUCCCUUCAUCAACUCAGCAGGCAGCAGAUUCAUGUGAGUUCAGUCAGACCAAGAAGACAACGGUGGUGGAGGACGAACGGACGAUGUCCUCCCAUGGUGAUCCAUCUUUGGCAUCUGACCUCGCAUCAAAUCAAGAUGACUUCAAACAGGGCCCACACGCAUAAAGCUUGUACCCUCAGAGGAACAGCGAAGGGAGACAGGUGACACAAAAUGUCCCUUAUGAGAAAUGGACAACUCCAGGAAAACAUCGGCAGCCUGUGAGCUCCAGCAGCAACUCCACUAGCUCUUUCACCGCUGCUUUGAACAAGAGAAGAAAGACCCUGAUGUGGACAAAACGUAGAUUGAAGAGUAGAAGAAAAAGUACCACUCUGCCCCCCCUACUCCCCAGCUCUGUCCACGCUAAAGUCCCUGCUAAUCCUAUGCAUUCGCCACAUGCAAUCCCAGUGUGCACCUCGGCACCUCAGAGACACCACAGUCUUCCCAUUU